UUGGUCUUUUUGAUAUUUGUGUCCAAACUUGUAUGUCAUUUGUAUUUUUGCAAAUCUAGCUUUAAUAAAUGGUACUUGCUUAAGAUGAAACCCAAACAGGGUAAAAAGAAAAUAAAAGAAGAAAAAGGAAUAAUUAACAAGAAGACGACAUGAAGCACAGAGAUUCUGCAGACUGCAGGUGUGAACAACAUUAUUAAUAAAAACAUACCUACUACUCUCUCUACACUUUCAAUUUUGCAAUACAACCCUCUCUCUCUCUCUCUCUCUCUCUCUCUCUCUCUCUCUCUCUCUCUCUCUCUCUCUCUCUCUCUCUCUCUCUCUCUCUCUCUCUCUCUCUCUUCUCUUCAUCAGACCUCCUUCAUCAUCAGUUUUCUCUAUCUCUUCAUGACGACUAGGAUCCAUUUCACUGAGUCACAAUGGGAAGAGCUUGAAAAUCAAGCUCUUGUCUUCAAGUAUAUAGCGGCAAACAUUCCAGUUCCACCUCAUCUCCUAUUCCUCAUCAGAAGACCCUUUCUCUUCUCUUCUUCUGCUUACUCCUCAUCUCCCAACUUCUUUUCUCCACACUUUGGGUGGAAUGUGUACGAGAUGGGAAAGGAAAGAAAGAUAGACGCAGAGCCAGGAAGGUGCCGAAGAACUGAUGGAAAGAAAUGGAGAUGCUCUAAAGACGCUUCUCCAGAUUCUAAGUACUGUGAAAGACAUAUGCAUAGAGGCAAGAACCGUUCAUCAAGAAAGCCUCUGCCUCCUCCUCCUCAAUUUUAUGUUCCCUCUACACCAAGUAUCUUUCUAGACUUUUCUCUCUCUUCCUCCAGGGAAAAAAGUAAAAGAACUGGAUACAUGAAUGAUUUCUUCUCCAUAGAGCCUUCCGGGUCAAUCAAAAGCUGCUCUGGCUUAGCAAUGGAAGGGGACGGUGGCUCUUCUAAGUAUGAGUCUCUGAAACAAAGGGAGAAGCAGACUGAUCGAAGUUGCUUUAUCGUUGGCACUGAGUUAGGGACGCUUGAGAGGCCAUUAAUGCUUGUGGCGAAGCAAAAACAAAGAGAUGAUAAAGAUUAUGAAGAAGAAGAGCAACGGAGUAAGAGAUUUUAUAAAUUUCUUGAUGAAUGGCCUUCUUCUAAGUCUUCUGGAAGCACCUCACUCUUCAUUUGAUUAUGUUUUCAUUUAUGUUAACAUUGUUUCUUAUUUGGUUACUAAUGGAGAUUCUCUCACUUUUCUACUUUAUUAAGAGUUCUUUUCCCUUAUAUAGACCAAUAAUGAAUAAUAUUACCUUUGUAAUCUAGUGAUGCCAUUUCAUUUCAGUGUUAGAAUUAUUUUGCUGGCCUAAAACUGUUCGUAAAACACAACAAACAUGUUGCAAAAAAAUCAAGAACAACAUGUGAUUAUCUAAGGAAACAUUCUUGUUAAUAGUAUAUCUCACUAAGUAAAUUA